AUGACGGAAAAGAAAUCGCUGAACAGUCUUAUAAUUCAUCCAGAUAUUGAACCUGGUGUUAUAGACAAUGAAAUGCUUACACGUUGCAUUUUAGAAUACGGUCCAAAGGAGGAGGCAGGUCGGCUGUUUGCAGAAGAAGGUGUCCAUUUAGAUGAAGCCCCUAUAGUACGGCUUGAGUUUCAGAAUAUCCUAAGAAUAGACCAUCUAUGGAUGCUUAAGUCACUAACAAAAUUAACUCUAGCACAUAAUUUAAUAGAGAAAAUUGAAAACUUAGACCAGCUCACUGGGUUAAAUGAACUAGAUCUAUCGUUUAACAAAAUCGAAAAGAUUGAAAACCUCGAUGCUCUGGUGAAUCUUGAAGUUCUCACUCUAUUCCAUAAUAAAAUAAGGAAGUUGGAAAAUAUGGAAACUUUAGAGAAACUACUCGUUUUUAGCAUUGGAGAUAAUUUAAUAGAAGAUUAUAAAGAGAUGUCUUAUUUGCGGAGGUUUCGUAAACUCCGCUCGGUGAGUUUCAAAGGGAAUCCUUGCUGCGACGACCCAAUGACGUAUCAGUUUUUAAAGUCUGCGCUCACUCGAGUAACCUACCUCGACUUUAAGAUCGUCACUGAAGAAGAAAGGGAGGACGGGAGAGCCCUGUUCAGAGGAUUGCUUCGAAAGCUCGAUGAAUCCGACGAGAAGUCGGAAAAAGAAAGACUCGCCAAAGAGGAAUACGAAGCGCGUGUGGAGUUCUACGCGUUAUCCUUUGUGGAGUACUUGAGUGGACCGGAGCUGCUGGAGUCCAUGUUUGAGAAGGACCCUGACGGCACACUACUGCUUCAAAUUGGAGGCGAGCUCAUAGGUUUUUACGAACAGUAUAAGGAGCAAUAUGUAGAGACGAUGGCCGGUUUGGUUGAAUUCGCUCAAGAAGCCUACAAUGAUCGCCAAAACGAAAUCAAAUUGUUUAACGACCUCGUCCUGAACGCCCUAGAAGACAGUGUUAAGAAAAGCAAACAGGUCGUAGAAAACUUCGAGGAAAAGAAAAAGCCAUUGGUAGAUAAAAUGAACGAGCUAAUCCAGAAGUUCACAACGAAGCAAGCUACAAUAGAGCUGCUGGAACCAGCGAUUGUAGAUCUCGGAGACGCCUUCAACGAUGUGCUCUACGAACUCUGGAAAAGUCUCAUGACCAUAGAAAUGCAACUUUAUGAGCAGUGUGAGGUAUAAACGAAUAACAAAAUGAUAUGAUAUUCCACCUAUUACGGGCUGUACAUUAUUUUUUCACUCUAGAGUUACAAUCACC